ACUCUCUGGAAUUAGAUUAGAUUAGAAUUAGAUUGUUCCUAUUGUUGCCAUUCUCAAAAACUAAAGAACGAAAACAAAAGAACCAUCCAAAGCCGGCUAGACAACAACUCAUUAACUAAUAAUCUCUAAUUCAGUCUCCACCUUUCUAUAUCUCUGUAUCUCUUUUUCUCUCUUCAAUUCAAACCAAACAUGGCCAAUCUUUCUCAUUCCCUAACUACAUUGCUCUUUUUUGCAAUCACCAUUUCAGUACUACCCAUCUCAUCACUAUCCCAACCCAAUGAAACUUGCAAUGGCAUAUUAAUAUCAUACACCUACAACUCAGGGUAUCCUCUCCCACCCACACUCCUCCCCUCCGACCCGACCCACCAACCGUACCGCUUCCAAUCCUUCCUCACUGUCCUCAACAACGCUCUCUAUGAGCUCAAGUCUUGGCGGGUCUUUGUCGGGUUUCAGCACCGUGAGUUCUUGGUCUCUGCUCCGCUGGCUGUCUUGGCUGAUGGGACUUCGCUUCCUGCGGAUGUGGGUAACGGGUCGGUAUUUGCCGGGUCGUCGUCGCCGGACCUUAAGUCGGCGGCUGAGACUGCAGGAGAUUUGAAUCAGAUGCAAGUGAAAAUUGAAUUGGUGGGGACCCAGUUCGGAAUUGGAGCUCCGGAUGUUCCUAUGCCGGCUACUCUGUCUCUUGCCAAUGAUGGGUUUUUCUGCCCUGCUCCCACAAAGAAUGGGAACAAUGAGCUCCAUUUGUGCUGCACCCAAAAUUCGAGCUACAAGUCUAACUUCACAGCAAAUAAAGAUUUUCAAUCGCGUCAAAACGGCGAUCUCAUCAUUAUGUACGAUGUGAUCAAAUCGUUUGACACCAAUUACUGGGCACAAGUAACCAUCUCGAACCACAACCCCUUAGUCCGUCUUGAUAAUUGGCAGCUAAGUUGGGACUGGACAAGGGACGAAUUUAUCGGCUCCAUGAAAGGCGGUUACCCUUACUUGGUCGAUACAGCAGACUGUGUAUUUGGCCCACAAGGACAGUACUACAAGGGGAUGGAUUUUUCGACAGCAUUGAAUUGUGAGAGACGGCCAACCAUCAUAGACCUUCCUCUAACGAAGAUGAAUGACCCAAAUCUCGGGUUUGUCCCCUUUUGUUGUCGCAAUGGAACAAUCUUACCGCCUGACAUGGACUCGAGCAAGUCCAAAUCAGUUUUCCUAAUGCAAGUUUACAAAAUGCCACCGGACUUGAACAUAAGCCAACUCACCCCACCUCAAAAUUGGAAGAUCAAUGGCACAGUCGACUCGGAUUAUCAAUGUGGGCCUCCGGUGAUGGUAAGCCCGAGCCUAUUCCCCAACCCUAGCGGCAUACCUUCAGAAUCAGCAGCAGUUGCUAGCUGGCAAGUUGUUUGCAACAUAACACAAUCCAAUUUGGGGAAACCGAAAUGUUGUGUAUCAUUCUCAGCGUUUUUCAACGACUCUGUUGUCCCGUGCAACACGUGCGCUUGUGGUUGCGAUAACCGCCCAAUUAACAGCGUAUGUAGCGAAACUACACCAUCACUUCUGCUUCCAUCAGAAGCUCUUCUUGUUCCGUUUGAGAACAGAACAAAAGAAGCAGCGGAUAGGGCCAAGCUAAAAAAACAGGCCUUGCCUAAUCCAUUGCCUUGUGGGGAUAAUUGUGGCAUUAGCAUCAAUUGGCAUUUGCUGACAGAUUACAGUGGCGGUUGGACUGCUAGAAUUACACUUUUCAAUUGGGGCGAAACUGACUUUGUUGAUUGGUUCGCUGCUGUGCAAUUGGAUAAAGCCACUCCUGGCUUUGAAGCAAUGUACUCUUUCAAUGGAAGCGUGCUUCCUAAUGCUACCAAUACAAUAUUUCUCCAAGGUCUUCCCGGGUUGAACUAUCUUUUGGCUGAAAAAGAUGGACAUAAUCCGAAGAAAGAUCCUCGUGUUCCAGGGAUGCAGCAAUCUGUGAUAUCGUUCACAAAGAAGACAACACCGGGGAUUAAUGUGGCUCGGGGAGACGGUUUUCCAACGAAAGUCUACUUUAACGGGGAAGAGUGCUCGCUUCCUUCUAUACUUCCGGGCAGUAGUCAUAAAAUAGGUGCACAUACCAGUUUUCGCAGCAUUCUUCUAGCGUUGCUAGUGCUCUUGUUUGUGCAAUAACUUCUUAUUCCUCUUCCUCGUUUUAAAAAAUCUCUACUUCCAAAAUUUUAUUUUUAGCUGUUUUGCGCUCUUCAAAUGAUUGUUUAACCUAAUGACCCAUCAAUAGCGGAUUCAAAAGAUUAGCCACCUCAAAAGUGUUAAGAAGCUUUACAUUUUUGUUGCGAUAGUUGAGGCUUAUGUAUUAAAAGAACAUAGCAAAGCAAGUUUGUAUUUUUAUUUUUUAACAUGUAGACAA